AUGAUGUGGACUUCUGCUGUGCUCCCGCUCUUUGCGGCGUCUGCCCUCGCGCAGUACACCACGGCCCCGCCGUCGCAAAAUGAGACAACCGGCCCUGACGCAGACGGCAAAUACGAGAUCUCAGCGGAGGGUAUUCGUGCGCAAUUCAUUCCGUACGGCGCGUCCAUCUCGAACCUGUUCAUCAAUGACACAAACGGCAUUGAGCGCGACAUUGUACUCGGCUUCGAUAACGCGAGCCACUACUCGGUCGACCGCUUCCACCCUCAUCUGGGAGGUGUGCCUGGGCGCUAUGCCAACCGCAUCAAGAACUCGACCUUCACGAUCGAUGGCGUGGACUACCACGUUGAUGCCAAUGAGAACGGCGGUGCUGAUACCCUGCACGGUGGAUCAGAUGGCUGGGACUACCGCAACUUCACGGUUGUCGCGCACACUGCUGACUCUAUCACCUUCUCUAUCGUCGAUCCUGAUGGCAAGGAGGGUUUUCCUGGAGAGGUCGUGAGCUACAUCACCUACACGGUGACGGCCUUCACAUGGCACAUCAAGAUGGUAGCUCUUGCGACUACCAAGAAGACUCCCAUCAUGCUGAGCUCCCACACCUACUGGAAUUUGGAUGGCUUCGCGAAUCCCGACACUGCUACAACCGACAACCACACGCUGCACUUGCCCUACUCUGGCCAGCGCAUUGGUGUCGACAACAUCCUAAUCCCCGAUGGCACCAUCCUCCCGAACGAGAAGUACUCGGUGAACGACUUCUGGUCAUCACCCAAGCAGCUCGGCGCGAACUACUCUUCUCCUGAGAUCAAAAACAACUGCGGCUUCGGUUGUGUCGGUUACGACAACGCCUGGCUUGUCAACCGCGACCAGAACGGCCCAUACGACUGGCGCACUUCUGGUCCGGUUGCCACCAUCUCUAGCAACUUCACGGGUAUCCAAAUCGACAUCUUCACCGACCAGGAUGCGUUCCAGGUGUACAGCUGCCCUGGCCAGAACGGCUCUCUCCCCAUCAAGUCGACUCAAGGUUACGAGGGUCGCCCGCGUGUGGUCGAGAAGUACGGCUGCCUCGUCAUGGAGGUUGAAGACUGGAUCGAUGCCAUCAACCACCCCGAGUGGCAGCGCGAGAAAAAGCAGAUCUUCGGCCCCGGCGAUGACCCAUAUGUCCUCGAGGCGAAGUACGUCUUCUCGGUGAACUAAGCAAAGGCAUCCAAGACGGGCCCCAGG